AUGCCAAAGAUCGAGAAUAUUUUCAAUUUCCAUCCCACUGCAGUUGUAGCACAAGAUGUCGACCUAGUAGGCGAAGUGACGAUCGGGCCCAAUUGUAUCAUUCAUCCGUCAUGUACGAUCGUUGCGCUGGGUCCAAUAAUUUUCGAGUCGGGAUGUAUAGUCGAAGAACAAUCGGUGAUCUGCAACCGAAGAAAGACGGUGAUGAAGAUUGGGUCGAACAACCUAUUCUCAGUUGGAAGCAGAGUAGAAGCGAUUUCGAUAGGUUCGCGGAACGUGUUUGAGGCGAAGAGCCGGGUGAGUCCGGAGGUUCAGGUGGGCUCGGACAGUGUGAUCGGGGCGGGGACGACGGUGGUGAGUGAGCCGGAUCUGCACUGGUUCGAGAACGCUCGCGACCCGAAUGCGGAGGAGGAUGAGGAUGAUGAUGAAAGGCAGCGGCGAUCUCGUCUGCUCGACUCUCUCGUCAUUCGUACCCUUCCGGAUUUCACUGUCAUCUAUGGCGCUAGCUCGGUCCAGUCUACUUGGUCUGGUGAAGGCAUCGGACAGGCCAUCGGCCUCCACGCUAAACAUCUCCUCUAUCUUGCCGAAACUUUACCCAAAUUUCAUCGCAUCAGAUCCUCUACUUCUUCUUCUUCAAAACUUCCUCCUCCCUCUUCUUCUUCCAAAAAUUGA